CAGAAACUUUGUAUUCUCGUUUCUGCCGCCGCCAGACUUAUUCGACUCCGUUGUCUUUGCCAGACUGACGAAUUUCAAUCAAUUGCUCGUUUUUAUCGACCAUUCCAUUAUUGUCUUCUCAUUCGUACCACUCUGCAGUGAUUUUUCUGAUUAAUUGAUUGGAAUAUAGAAACGCAACCCUUUUUAAUCAAUUACCAUGAAAACGGACUCAUGUUAAUAAGAUACGACGACGGGAAAAGACUUGUGGACUAGCAAGUCUUUCUACGGUAAACACAACUGAACAAAAUGAGCUCAAGCAAUGCGGGACACAACCAGGCUCAUUUAUCGUCUUCAUCAAAUAGCAGCACUUAUCAUUUGUUAGAAGUAGACUCGGGCGAAAAGCCGCCAGCAGCAAUGGUAUCAGCAACAUCAUCAUCGCCAACAACAAUUUCCCUGAGCGGUUUCAUUUCCGUAGUUUGUGGUAGACAUUAUCGGGUCUAUAAGAGCAUAUUGUUGAUACUUUUGUUGUUGGUACUGUUGCCUUUAUUUGCUCACAGAAAUCUUCUGAACCCCGACAGUGAUGUUCCGCAAUUGGAUUUGCAUAGACAACGGCCUCUUCUGGAUGCCUAUGAAGACUUUAGCUCUAUGCGUGCGAGUGACUUGAAAAUGAGAAUAGAAGAGCUGCUCAGAAUAAAGAGCACCGUUUCCAUCGAGCUGCGAGAGUUGGAAGCUCGUAGACAAAAACUUCAAUCUGACAUUGGUCAGUAUAAUCAAAAAAUCGAAGAGCUCAAACAAGAUUUGAUGCGUGAACAAACUGAAUUGGAGAGAUUGAAAAUAUCUGUGGAACAGGCACAAGUCGCCCAAAAAGAAGCUGUGCAGAGAAACACUCCCGACUUGGCAUUGCCACGCACAUUAUAUCCAAAUGCCUUACCUCGCAAUAUGCCUGCCACUUCGUUGCAAACGAUGGUCACAUGUGAAAUGCACAAUUGUUUUGACCACUCACGCUGUAGUCUAACCUCGGGGUUUCCCGUUUAUUUGUAUGACCCAGAUAGCUACAGUGUUUUAAAGCCAGGCUAUGAAAUCGAUGGCUUCUUACGUACAACCAUUAAACAAACCUUGGGAUACAAUGCCCAUAUUGUCAGGGAUCCCAAGCAGGCCUGUAUAUACUUGGUAUUGAUUGGUGAAGCUUUGUAUGAAAGUGAAUCGCUGAAAAACAAUCGAUAUGCCGCCCAAGAGGAAGAGGAAAAGGAGAAAAGUAGUUCAGUGUAUGGAGCAGAGAAAUACAAUGCUAUUGAUAUGAACAAAAUUUACAAGCUGCCAUAUUGGGGUGGAGAUGGUCGCAAUCAUGUGCUGCUGAAUUUGGCCAGAAGAAAUCUCAAUUCUAAAUCCACAAAUGCUCUACUCAAUCAGAAUACUAUGCGUGCCAUUGUGGUACAGUCAUCGUUUGAGGCAAUACAAUUCAGACAAAACUACGAUUUGAUAGUACCACCUAUUUUGGGCCCACCAGGCGGUGACGUUUGGCAAGAAUGUGCUGCAAUGGUGCCCGCUAGACGAGCCUAUCUUCUUUCAUUCCAAGGCGAACUGCGCCCCCUGAAUCAGCCUUUACAAUCGCCCCAUCCCUUGGAUGAUUUUAUAUUGGACCAUCUUACAGAAAUGGCCAAAGGUCCCACACUAGACAAGUUCCUUCUACAGUUUAAAUGUGUGCCAGCAACAGAACAACAAGAUGAAAAUGCUGUUGUUGAUUGGGCUCUAUGCGGCACUGAUUCGUCGCGCAAACAGAUUUUAAAGGAUUCCACAUUCGCUUUAAUCCUACCACCCUUAGAAAGAAGAGUUAGUUCUACUCUGAUGCUUGCUCGUCUUUAUGAAGCUCUGCGGUCGGGAGCAAUACCCGUCAUUCUGGGAGCCGAUGAGGUACGCCUGCCCUAUAGUGAAACAAUAGAUUGGCGUAGAGUGGCUUUGUUGUUGCCGAAAGCCCGCAUUACGGAAUUACAUUUUUUGUUGAGAGCCAUACAGGAUGGUGAUUUGUUGUUAAUGCGCCGGCAAGGUCGCUUGGUUUGGGAACGCUAUUUAAGUUCGGUACAGGCAACAGUUGAUACGGUAAUAGCCAGUUUGCGUGAUCGUUUGGGUAUACCGCCCAGGCCAGUGCCGCCAGUAAUAGCUCAAAGUGUUUUCAACAAUACAUUUAUCCCUCUGAAAUCGGAUCCGCCAGUGGGUAUGGAUACCGAACCCGAGGAGUCACUGGGUCCCAUGGAACCACCAUAUCCAAGUCCAGCCUUCAAGCGUAAUUACACAAUAUUAAGAAUGCAAUCAAGGGAGGCCUGGAACGAUUGGGUGGAUCCAUUUUAUAUGUAUCCUCAGUUGCCUUUCGAUCCUGUACUACCCUCUGAGGCCAAGUUUAUGGGUUCACACAUGGGUUUCCGUCCUAUUGGCAAGGGAAGUGGUGGUGCUGGCAAGGAGUUCAGUGAGGCCUUGGGUGGCAACUAUCCUAGAGAGCAGUUUACCAUUGUGAUUUUAACAUAUGAACGGGAACAAGUGUUAAUGGAUUCCUUGGGAAGACUUUACGGAUUGCCUUAUUUGCACAAAGUUGUGGUGGUGUGGAAUUCACCUAAACCACCAUUAGAUGAUUUACGUUGGCCAGAUAUAGGCGUACCUGUAGCAGUCGUUAGAGCUCCUCGCAACUCUCUGAAUAAUCGCUUCCUACCCUACGAUGUCAUCGAAACAGAGGCCGUCCUGUCCGUUGACGAUGAUGCCCAUCUACGACAUGACGAAAUACUCUUUGGCUUUCGUGUGUGGCGGGAACAUCGUGAUCGUGUUGUUGGUUUUCCGGGACGUUUUCAUGCCUGGGAUUUGAAUGAUAAUCACCAUUGGAAUUACAAUUCGAAUUAUAGCUGUGAAUUAAGUAUGGUUUUGACUGGUGCUGCCUUCAUACACAAAUACUAUAUGUACUUGUAUACAUAUCAAUUGCCACAGGCAAUCCGUGACAAAGUCGACGAGUAUAUGAACUGUGAAGAUAUUGCCAUGAAUUUCCUUGUAUCGCACAUAACUCGAAAGCCUCCUGUGAAGGUAACAUCCCGUUGGACUUUCCGGUGUCCAGGAUGUCCCGUAUCGUUGAGUGAAGAUGAUACUCAUUUUCAGGAACGACAUAGAUGUAUAAAUUUCUUUUCCCAGGUCUUUGGUUACACACCGCUAUUAAAUACACAAUAUCGAGCCGAUUCGAUAUUAUUCAAGACCCGUAUACCACACGACAAACAAAAAUGCUUUAAGUAUAUUUAAAUUAUAUACGAGAUUAACGAACUAAACAAAACUAACUCAGCUUAAUAUUAAGUUUUCAACAAAUUGAAGAAUAAUUUUUAUUUCGCACCAAGUGAUGUGCGUUAUUACAAUUAAACAAUAUUUCGACAAAAAGAUAAUAUUCAUAACUAAGCUAUACUUAAGGUGCAAUAAUUUUAAAAUAUAAAUUUUACAAAAACGAAAUUUUAGUUUAUAAGAUAAACAAAAUAAAAACAAAAAAAGCUAAAACUAUUCCUUAAGGCUUUUUGUAGCAAUGUGUCAUAUUAGUUAUAAUUUUGAAUGUAUGUUAAGAAUUUUAACAAUUAUUUUAUAGGUUAUUCAAUCAAUCAUACAAAUCAUAGUGUAAACAAAUUGAAAACAUUUUUAUACAAUAAUUUUUUAUGUACAUACCAUAUACAAACAUGUAUUAAUUUUAUAAUAUAUAUUUUACAAAUCAAAAAACUUGCUAUUAUCACUACGUUUUUUAUAUAUGGCAAAUGAGCUUCACAAACAUAUACAUUCUGUUAUCCAUUAUAUAUUUUUUUUUUUUUUGUUUUAUUUUCCUAGUUUAUGGAAAUUGUAUUAAAAAUCUUUAAGUCUACAAUUAAGAGCAAAAGAAAUGUCCAUCCAAUCAAAUUUAAGAAACUAAAAAACCAAGAUAUUUUCCCCAAUUCCAAAUUGAUAUCAAAAUUAAUCAUUAUUUGUGAGUCAUUCAACAAUAUCAUAAAAAAUAGUUUUUUUUUUUUUUGUUUUUAAUUGCAUGUAUUUUCAUUUGCUAGCUAAUUAUUGUAUAGACAAAUAUUAUAAUUGUAAUUUAAUUCCAUUUUUAGUGAAAUAUUUGUGAUUAUAUCCAUAAUAUGUUUAUCGUUCUAUAUCUCUACAUCUCCUGUGGCAGCUAUUUCUUUUACAUUGCUUUAAAACAAUAACCCACCUCUUGUUUUACUUUAGCCUUAAAAUAAUGUCUUUAUGUUACCAUAUUUAAUAGUUUUCAAUUGUUUUUACAGCAGUACUUAAAAUGCCUUUCUAAUUUUGUUUAUAAUUUAAUUUGAUAUAUUCCUUUGACAAUAAUUUAAGCUGAAUUCAGUAUCGAAAUAUCCUAUCAACACAAUUUUCCCCCAAAUUUAUUUGUAUACUUUUAGAAUUAUGUAUAUGCACAUAUGAUUAUUAUGUGGCCAUUUUAAUUAUUAUUCCAAAUA